AGAUGGCAGCAGUUCAUUGCAGUCACCGCCUCGGUCUGAGCGAGGACACUGGAUGUAGAUUAAUGGUAUAAGAUGCAAUAGAAACCUCCUCUGCAGCUAAGAAGACACGUAGAGAGGAAAACAAUAAGUACAUUAAUACUUUUAGUCCAUUUUACGCACACAAAUGCACAAUUGUCUUUGGAACAUUUACGCAGUGCUGUUUAUCCGAAGUAAUUCACUUAUGAAAAACUACACUGUCGACAUUUUUUUCUUCACAGUAUUUGUCUUUUUUCACACUAUACAGGUCUGUUGUGUUAACAGCUGCAUUAUUAUCCAUGAAUAAGACGCUAAUAGGCCCUUUGCGUGCGUAAAAGUGACUAAAAUAACCGAAAGAUCAACUUGUUAGAACCACUUUGUGUUUUAUAAAAUGUAAACGUACAGUUAGUUAACUUAACCAGUAAUAGUUCAGGUUCAAUUUCGGAGUUGUUCUAAAACUAAGAAAAUUUCAUUCAAGGUUUUCUUUUCACGUUCUUCGGAAAAAAAAAAAAAAUAAUCUGCGCUCCAGUGUCUCCAGGGGUCUAAUGUUUGCGCUGGACCCGUGGGUGUGGCGUCAGUGGGAGGAACCGUGACCCUGGAGUUUAAAGGUCCCUGUUUCAGCGAGAUGCUCGGCACAAGCCACCAGCUUCAUCCUCCAUCCUCAAUCCUUCCAUCCUUCCAUCCUCCAUCAGGUCUGUGUAGCCGCGGUCGACAUGUCUAACUCGGACAGGGUGGUGCUGGUUCUGGGGGGAGCGGGGACCGUGGGCUCCGGAGUCGUCAAAGCGCUGCUGGAUAAAGGUUUCAGAGUGGCUGUGAUCUCCAGAGAAAGCAGCCGACUGGAGAAACUCAGGUCGUUUGUGUCCCCCAACACCAAGGAAAACCUCACCACUGUAGUGGGGAACGUGGGCUCGGAGGAGGAGGUGGAGGAGGUGAAGGAGGCCCUGCUGAAGGAGGUGGGGAAGGUGACCGACAUCGUUUCCUCUCUGGGCUUCAGCUGGUGGCAGGGAGGACCCCCCCACACCCAGAGCCUCAAAGACCUGCACUGGGUCUUGGAGACGCUGCUGUUCAGCACGUUCGUGUCGUGGAAGGCCUUCUUCCCCCUGGUGAGGGACGACUCGGACUCUACCUACACCUUCAUCACAGGAGGAGCUGGAGAGAAGCUGCUGAUGCCUGGGACUGGAUUCCUGACGGUGGGGGCUGCCAGUACUCUGGCCUUCUGUCAGGUUCUCCGUGAGGAGUAUCCCGAUGUGUCCUGCAAACUCAACCAGGUGAAGAUCGACGCGGGCGUGGCCCCCCCAGAGCGCAUGGCGCCCGGUUACCUGAACCACCUGGACCUGGGCGAAGCCGUGGCCACGCUGGUGGAGAGACGGAACACGUCCCACCACGUCUUCACCGUGUCCAGCCCCGCGGACUUAAAGACUGUCAUUCUGGAGAGGAACCUUUAGACUCUGGAGACGCUCCAUCGUCCUCCAUCAUCAUCGUCGUCAUCAUCUUCCCUUGUUGCCAUGGGAACGCACUGCUUCUGCUCCUGCACUCUCCCCGAACACAUCCACAGCGUCUCCGAGUCUGUUCCUCGUCUCCCUCUCAGUCUAUGAGUGUGUGCUUUGUUUGUCAGAUGUUGUUCUUCUCUGCUUCGUCCUGAUAUUCUACGAUACACUACGAUACUACCAUGAUACCCUACGAUACUACAAUGAUACCCUACGAUACUACCAUGAUACACUACGAUAAAACCGAUACUCUACGAUACUACCGAUACACUACGAUACCACCACGAUACACUACGAUACUACCGAUACCCUACGAUACUACCGAUACCCUACGAUACUACCAUGAUACCAUACGAUACUACCAAUACUCUACGUACGGCCACAGUUUUUUUUCAAACCCAACGGUUGAAUGGAGUCAGUAGAAACUGAUGCCACAGGGAAGAGGAGAUUAUGCUAAGACGUAGCGACGUUAGCCGAUUCUCCAACGACUGGUCUGUGAUUAAACCCUGUGGAGUCUGUAACUGCUAAGAAGUUCUAGCCUGGUCUAGUCAGACUCUGUUCUGAUCAGAAUGUGAUGAUAAGUAGGUGGAGGGAUCAAGUUGUAUUUUAUUAAGGGGUGUGUUAAAUGUGAUUCACUGUUCUUAUAAAUGUUGCAGUAACUCCACUCAUCUGGUCUAAGUUCAGGAGCCACCAUCGUCCCUUAAUGACUUAAAGCCACGACCCAAAUCAAAGAAAAUGUUCAACUGAAUGUAAAGAUUGUGCAGUUUGAACCCGAGAAUAUCACAGGAUGAAAACACACAAAAAAAACGAAUGUAACGAUAAACGAUGCUAGAGAAGGAAAUGUCGUCGUCUUUUACGCUCAAUUAGCUGCUUUUUAAUUCAAACCAGAACUCUUCAGUAACAGACUCGGAGCUUUCAUGCAAAAACAUCUACAAUCACAACAUCUCACUAACACUGAACUACCAUUUUUAACACUCAUUUGUACUUUAUUUCAUGUAUUUUACAUGAAAACACCAACUACUGAGAAAUAUAUGAAAAAUAAAUAAAAUGACUCUAAUUCUGCAUCUUCA